AAUACCCACCAGAAGCGUCAGUUAGUGUUAAAACAGUGUUUGAAAACUUUCUACCGCUACCUCACUAACCCAAUUCUAAGAAAUGUCGAUCGCGAUGUGAAAAAAAAAUCGGAAAAUAGAUAAAAACUUUUUGAACAAGAAAAUUAAGUAUAAAAAUGUCGGUUUAUAGAUCGGAUCCGGAGUCGCUGGAUAUGGAAAAACCGACGGUUUGUUCUCGUUUUCUCCAUUACAGCUGGAAAACUAUAACGUGCUUGUUUUCACAUGUAACUCUCAUUUCCAUGGUGAUUUCUUAUUGUUAUUUAGGUGCGGUGACCUUUGAGGCCUUGGAAGUCGAACAUGAGGUUCAGGUUAAGAAGAAUAUACGCAAUAUCAGGGACAAUACCACCCUGUACCUUUGGAACUUCACACAUGACAUGGCUACGUUGCGCGAGGAAAAUUUCACUCCAGUUGCCGUUCAGUAUUUAAAAGAAUUCGAGAACUCUCUUCUCAAAGCAAUGGCUAAAGAUGGCUGGGAUGGCGAAGAAGAUGCCAAUAAGGUGCAGUGGACUAGGGCUGGAGCACUGUUUUACUCUAUCGUUGUUAUUACCACUAUAGGUUAUGGUCAUAUAACGCCUAAAACCAACUGGGGCAAAGUAGUGACUAUCUUUUACGCAAUCCUAGGAAUUCCCCUUAUGCUGCUAUGUUUGUCAAAUAUAGGCGAUAUUAUGGCGACAUCAUUUCGGUUUUUGUAUUGGCGAGUUUGUUGUUAUGCCUGUCAAAAGAAACCUAAAAAGAAGCAGAGAACACGAUCGUUUAGAGCGCCACCUAGAAACGAUUCUAGGUUUGUUAGAUCCAGGUCGACAAUGUCCUUUCGUAGAUCUGUUAGAACAUCUGGAAAAUCAGCUGAUAGUGGAUAUGGAGUUUCUGACAUUAUGCCCAGUUAUCAUUCUGAUACAGAAUUAAGAUAUCCAGACGAUUUUGACAGAUCUACUCCACUACACCAAAGAGGUUCCAGUCUUCCGAGCCGUCCAAACCGGUUUACAGAAUCGUCAGCACCAUCCAGAAAAUUUUCUGCCAAAGAUAGAAAUCACCGACAGAACUCUGUGGGUCAACGUGGUGGUUCUUUAGACAGGAAAAAGUACGAAAAUCAACAGAAAGAGAAGGAAGUUGAUGUUGAUCCGACUUUAUUGGCUAAAACACCAAUUCUGUGCAACAGAUAUGUGGUGGGAAGGAAUGAUGCGUUCAGUUCUAAAGUUCCAGGUGUAACUCUUAGACAGUCAGAGAGAUAUGGUAAGGAUAAUAUACCAGGACGAAGAGCAAUUUCUGUCCCCAAAACAUCCAAUUAUCUUGCACCUCCCAGAAGCUAUACGCCAGAAUCUUCAUCAGACCCAGAAGAAAUUGACGAACCUCUAAGAAGCAGGAAGAAAAUCAAACCAAGGAGAUCUAGAUCACCUUUACCAAAUCCAAGUCCAAAAAUGAUGACACCGUUAGGUUAUGGACACCGAAAUAAGUAUUUGGAUGAUCCAGAUUCGGACGAAUAUGAAGAUUAUGGCUCUUAUUAUGAACCAGUUGGCCGUGAAAAGUCAAAACCUGUACCGAUUUGGCUUUGUGUGCUUUUGGUUAUCAGCUACAUUCUGGCCGGAGCUUAUCUGUUUAAAAGUUGGGAAGGCUGGGAUUAUCUGGAUGCGGCUUAUUUCUGUUUCAUCACCCUCACCACGAUCGGAUUCGGAGACUUGGUGCCGGCGAAAGGAGUAACUCAAAACAAAUACCAUGCAACUGUCAGUAUUGCACUGUGUUCUCUCUAUCUGCUCUUCGGAAUAUCAUUGCUAGCAAUGAGUUUCAAUCUUGUCCAAGAGGAAGUGAUCUACAAAGUGAAGAGAGUAGCAAAAACAUUGGGAAUCAUCAAAUCAGAAUCAGAGGAAUCAGAAGAAGAAGAUUGAUUAUUUAUAUUAAGAUACAUAAUAUGUAAUUUUUAAAUAUAUUCUUAAAUUUAUCAAAAGUGGCUCACCCCUAUAACUUUUUUAUUUUUUUUUAG